AUGUAUAGGAGUCUGCGUACUGUUGUGCAACGGCAGCAACAUCGCUAUUCCAGACCUGAUCCGGAGUUGACUCAUGUAACGAUCUUGGUGGAUGAAGUGGAUGAAGUGGAUGAAGUGGAUGAAGUGGAUGAAGUGGAUGAAGAUGAAGAUGAAGAUGAAGAUGAAGAGACAGUGGUCAGUUCUGAGUCCCGACUUAAACUUGCAAGGUUUGCAUCACUCGUAGUCGAUGAACUUGCAGCGGAUAAUUCAUUCUUUGCUGAAGGUAAAGAGCCAUCAGGCGAUGUAAAGGUUCCAGAUGAAGUUGUUUCGUAUGAGUGGGCGAUCGAAUAG